AUGGUUUCAGGAAUUUAUUUUUGUGAUAAUGCUGGUAAACCAAUUCUAGCAAGAAGAUACAGAGAUGAUAUUUCAAUAAAUGCUAUUGAUAAUUUUUCACAGUUGUUGUUGCAAUUGGAAGAAGAAACAGGUGUCAUCCCGCCAUGCAUUAUGCAUAAAGGUAUUCAUUAUCUUUUUAUCAAGCAUUCUGAUAUAUAUGUUGUUGCAUUAACUACCUCAUAUCAAACAAAUGUUGCCCAGAUUUUUAUGUUUUUACAUCAGUUAGUGGAAGUAUUAGAAGAAUAUGUUAAAAUAGUAGUGGAAGAAUCAGUUAGAGAUAACUUUGUUAUUAUUUAUGAACUAUUAGAUGAAAUGAUGGAUUUUGGUAUUCCACAAAUUACUGAGACUAAAAUGCUGAAAAAAUAUAUUACGCAAAAAUCAUUUAAAUUAAUAAAAACUUCAACUUCGAAGAAGAAGAAGAACGCAGCAAGGCCACCUGCUGAAUUAACAAAUUCAGUUAGUUGGAGACCAGAAGGUAUCACUUAUAAGAAGAAUGAAGCAUUUUUAGACAUUAUUGAGUCUAUUAAUAUGUUAGUAACACAACAGGGCCAAGUAUUGAGAUCGGAAAUUGUGGGUGCAGUAAGAGUAAGAUCACGUUUAUCAGGUAUGCCUGAUUUGAAACUAGGGAUUAAUGACAGAGGUAUAUUUUCUAAUUAUUUGGAAGAAAAUAACGUUGAUGGAAGUAGUUCAUCAACUCCUAUCCCAGAAGGUGUCGAAGAUAAAAAGCCACAAAUUGAACUUGAAGAUUUGAAGUUCCAUCAAUGUGUCAGACUAAGUAAAUUUGAAAAUGAAAAAAUAAUUACAUUUAUUCCACCUGACGGAGAAUUUGAUUUGAUGAAUUAUAGAUUGACUACUCCUAUAAAGCCGCUGAUAUGGUGUGAUGUAAAUAUUCAAGUGCAUUCAAAAUCAAGAAUAGAAAUCCAUUGUAGAGCAAAAGCUCAAAUUAAGAAAAAGUCUAUUGCAAAUAACGUCGAAAUAUUAAUACCAGUACCAGAUGAUGCUGAUACGCCACAAUUUAGAUAUUCACAUGGUUCAAUUAAAUGGUUACCUGAAAAAAAUGCUAUUUUAUGGAAACUAAGAAGUUUCGCAGGUGGCAAAGAAUAUUCUAUGUCUGCUCAAUUGCAUUUACCUUCAGUUGAUGGUGUAGAACCACCAAAGGUUAGAAGGCCCGUUCAAGUUAAAUUUCAAAUUCCAUACUUUACUACUUCUGGAAUUCAAGUACGUUAUUUGAAAGUAAACGAACCAAAGCUACAAUAUAAGAGUUAUCCUUGGGUUAGAUACAUUACACAAAGUGGAGAAGAUUAUACUAUAAGGCUGAAUAAAUAG